GGGAUUGACUAUUUACAAUUCGCGUGCGCAGCGGCAUGUUUUCGUCUCUGCGUUACGAACGCGCUCUCAGUUUUGCUUCUAACGAGAUUGGCGUCGACUCGGUGUGGGACGUUGAUAAGGAAUGCUCCAAAAUUCGCAGCAUGGAAAGCAUUCGUAGUUUCAUGAGGCAAAUAAAGUCGUAAAAGUUUUAAGUCGGGCAAAUAACCUAAAAAGGACUGUUGAGAUUGUCGAGUAUGGGUCAAAUGUGGAUCGUUGUUUAUCUGCUGGUAGCAUGUGCGCAUCUGUCGCAGCAGAGAUCAGAUCCAAAUUCGUCGACUUACUUAGCAGCCGUGGUGGAGUAUCCUCCAAAAUAUUUAACUAACAGCAGCGAGACUCUCAGAGUAAAUUCUGACGCAUACGUCAGACUUAUUAACACAGCCGGUAGAGUAGUCAAAGCUGAUAUAAUCGUUUUCCCGGAAGACGGCUUGACAACAGUUCACUUGCCGGAGAGAGAAGAGAUGGAAGGUUGGACAACAGUCAUUCCUAGUCCCUCAGAUAAUUAUAUACCUUGUAGCGGCGACACGAUUCAAGUUAGCGACACAUUGAGGAAAAUAUCAUGUGCUGCGAGGGAUUAUGAAAUCUACGUGGUAAUCAAUAUCGCUGAGAAAGCACCUUGCGCCAACGUGUCUUGUCCGAGAGAUAAAAUGUUCUAUUAUUACAACAGCAACGUAGUAUUCGAUCGCACGGGAAAGAUUAUUGCCAGGUACCGUAAAACGAAUCUUUUCAACGAACCGUUUGAUGUGACAGCAGUACCGGAAAUAGUGACCUUCGAUACUGAUUUUGGGGUGAAAUUUGGAACUUUUAUAUGUUUCGAUAUAUUAUUUCGCGAACCCCCGAUUAUAUUAACGAGAGAUCAUCAAGUAACUGACAUUGUCUAUACUACAGCAUGGUUUUCUGAGGCACCAUUCUUAACAGCUGUACAAACGCAAGCAGGAUGGUCAUUUGCAGAAAACGUAAAUCUUUUAGCUUCUGGCUAUAACAGACCUGAUUUUGGCAAUGCUGGCAGUGGAAUUUACUUAGGUCGCAAAGGAGUCGGUAAGGCAAUAAUGCCUGCAGCUACACACGAGGAACUGCUGAUAUAUGAAGUACGCAAAAUAAAGGACAGAACUAAUAUCGAACCCUAUCACGAUGAUUCCAAGAAUGAGAAAGCUUGGCCAUGUUAUCAAGGAACAAAGCGUAUAGGCGACGACUUAUGCGUGAGGUCGGAGGUCGACACAAAGUCAGAUGAUAAAUUAUUUUUGAAACACGACAAUAUUGAAGUCUUCCAAACGCUUUCCUUGAAAGGGAAUGCCACGGAAACUGUCUGCCAGAAUAACUUCUGCUGCGAGUUUAAAGUAGAAAUUACGAAACUAGACUCGAGAACAAAGUAUCGAUUAGUUGUUUUUAAUGGUAUUCGUCAUUACUCUAACGUUAAAGCUCGCGUACGUGCAUGUGGCAUAAUUCAAUGCUCAAACGACUCAGUUUCGUCAUGCGGUUCCGUGAACACAUCAGAAGUGGUGUUUAACAAUAUUGAAAUUGCGGCAACGUUUCACGAUUAUAAGAACAAUUUAAUUAUGCCGUCUACGUUAAGUCCAGAUUUACUUCCGCUUAAACAGUGGACAUUUAAUGAACACGUUCAUGACGACCAUGUGCACGUUAACAUGUACCUAAAUAACAGUAUAAACAAUGUGGUAACGUUUGGAAUUUAUUCGAGGGACUUCAGUAACGAUGCGAAUAGAAUAUCUUUUUACACCGCUACUUAUUUCAUAGUAUUAUUUGUAACUUUGUUUUCAAGAUUGUAAUUUAUAUAUCCAUAUGUGCAACAUUACUUUUUCUACGUCCACAUAGAUGCCAGAUAUUUUUAUGUGACAUACUUUCCAGAAAUCACGUACUUUUUACUUACGUUCGUUGACAAAUAAUUCAACGACUCUGAUAAAUUUUUCAAUGUCAAGAAAUUAAGAAUUAGAAGAGAAAGCUAAAUUUGCACCGGCACUUUUUCUUGCCAGUUCGUAGCUUGUGGCGUCUGUAAAUAUUAAUGUAAAUGAUUUUUGGAAUUUAUACAAAGAUAUAUUUUUGAUAAAAUUUUAUACAG